GUUUCAUUGGCAAAAUCAACAAAAACUACAUUCACCGGUUAUGGCAUCGGCAGCGCCAAUAUGGAUGGCGACAUAGUACAAUAUGACAUACCGAAAAAUUCAUAUAAACGUGCAAAUUCGGAUAUCAAUUACGAGAGCUCCGUGCUGGGAUCCGGUGGUAUUAUGUAUAUAAAUGGUAGAAUAGUUUCUGGUCCCUUAGAAUCUUUGAUAGAAGUUUUAGUGCCAAAAAAUCGCAUAGAUUUCGAUAAGGAAUUUAUUUUCUCAUUUUUAUUAUCGUCGCGUUUAUUUUUACGACCUCAUGAGCUGCUUGGCAAACUAUUAUCCUCGGUACCUGAUAGCGAAUCGUUAGAAUCAUUAGUCGCAUUAUUGGCCGAAUGGACGCACAAGUUUCCCUAUGACUAUCGCGAUGAGCGAAUGAUGGGCCAUGUUAAACAUAUCGUUGCCAGAUGUUCCAAUACAAAUCUAGAAGGUGUAGUUUCCGAAAUACUCAGUGCCUUGUUGAAACAAUUGACUGAUUUGGAGAGACAUGAAGAAGAUCUACGCGCUUGUCAAAGCACAAAUGAGAAGUCCGAACUUAGCAAAUUAGACUGCCCGACUGCGUCACAAUAUGCACAAAUACUUUGCCGACUGGAAAAGAAACUGGCGAAGCAGAUUGGACCAGAAGAAUUUCUACAAUGUAGUAGUAAUGUGCUGCUGGACAAACAGAAAAAAUGGGACCAACCGAGCACGUCAGGCGGUCCACCCGGUGUGCAAGAUCCGAAGAAAACGUGCAAUUUGGAAACGUAUCUGGACUGGUCGGCACGUCUGCGCCUAUUCGUAUGCAAUGAAAUAUUACAGUGCAUCGGCAUACGCGAUCGCAGUAAAACAGUGGAAUUAUGGAGUGGCGUCGCACAAUAUUGCCUGCUUGUCGGUAAUUACAACAGUGCCACAGCAAUACUCGAAUCACUGGAAUCGCCACCAGUAGCGAGACUAAAAAUAACGUGGAGCAAAUUGCAAAUGACGUGUCAGCAAUUGGAUUGCAUGCAACGACAUGCUGAAGGACAUGGCGAUUUGUGGCACAAGCAAGCCAGCAUUUUGAAUGAGACUCAUCAAAAGACUGAUACAACAGCUGCGGUCUGUCGGACAGCUUAUGCAGGAGGGGCAGUAGUGGUGGCGGCAACAGCGGCGGCAACUGCGACAAUAGACAUCGCACCGGACACCUUGACACCCGAUUCCUUAAUAAAUGGUACACCAGUGGCGGUAACGGAGGUGCUAGCCGCACCUACAACAGUUAACGCUGAUAUUGCCUGCUCGACUGGCGAUUCAAUUGUAGCAGCUGUUGGUGGUUGUGUACUCGGUGCACCGAUGUUAACUGUAACAGGUGGCAGUGGUGGUGGUGGUGGUGAUGGCAUGCAGGUAGAAAUUGCAGCGACUUCCGCUCUAUGUGCAAAUCGAAGCCAAGUAGCUAAGGCAGCAACGGAAAUGAAAGCAACCACAACAUGCAAUGGCAGUGGCAACAACACUAACAACAACAGCAGCAGCAGCAGCAACAAUAGUACAACCAGCAGCAAUAGUAGUCAUGCAAUAGGUGCGAGUAGAAAAAUAAUUAAAACGGCAACAACACUAACAACUACUAGACCAACGGGAAUUCGUGGUGAAGCUGCACAUGCAACUGGAACUGGAACUACGACUACAGCUACAACUACUACAGCAACAACUAGUGCAACAGCGACGAAACCAAAUGAUUGGGUUGUGAUUCCGGUAUUUGCGGAUAUUGUUAAAUUGGCACUGGCCGGACGCGAGGAAUGCCUUCAGCGUUUGCCAAACGGUCACAUCAAUAUUAUGGCCUUCGAUCGAAUGGCGGCCAUUGUUGGCGCCUUCACCAAGCACAUGCAUGCCGUUAAGUCGCCGCACGAAGCACCACCUGGCGAAUAUAAGACAUUCUGCCAGCACAUGCAGCGCUCGUCGAAAUUGAGCGAAACGGAACUUAUGAUGGCAUCAUUCGACUGCGAGGAGCCAAACAAUGCAGAAAAGCUUAUGUAUGAUUUAAACUAGGAACGCACAAAAUGUUAAAGUGGAAUAAGGCAACAACUUUCGUUGCAUAAUAAUUACUUCUUUUUUUUGUAUAUAUGUAAAUAUGUAUGUAAAACAUCAAACAUAACGCUACCUAAAUGUGAAAAGGUGCUAAGUUCAUUUUUCUUCAAAAUUUAGAUUUGAU